AUGUGUUUCGGGGGUCGAUCGAAGGACGAUGGCAGCGCUGCCCGCUCGCGCGACCUGGACCGCCUGAUCCGUCAGGACGAGAAGCGCAUGUCCAAAGAGGUCAAGCUUCUGUUGCUGGGUGCCGGAGAAUCUGGAAAGUCGACCGUCCUCAAGCAGAUGAAGUUGAUCUACGCCCAAGGUUUCAGCAAAAACGAAAAGCUCGAGUGGAAGCCCGUCGUCUUCAACAACAUCGUACAAUCCUUCCGCCUGAUCCAAGAUGCCAUGACCGAGAUGCAGAUCGAGUUCAGCAACCCCGAAAACGAGGCAAGCAAUACCCCGACGUCAAUUGCGCGCAUUGCACUUCGCAUAUGCCGCACCGACGGUCGCAUGUGA